AUGCCUCGGUUAAAGAAGGAUGAAACAGGUGUAGUUGUCUAUCCAAGCAAAUUCACAAGAAGCAAUCUUGCAGACGAAGUCUCCCCUCGUGACAAGCGUCAGGUAUGUUUAUAUAUAUAUAUAUAUUUGUUUAUAUUUGUCAUUUGAUAAAUAUUUUGAUCGCGUCAUUCGCGUGCAUUGUGUCGGCAUUCAUUUGUCUUACAUGUAUUAUUGUAUUUAAUAAUUUAUAAGUUUGCGUCUCUUUUAUUGGUUAGGGAAGAAGGAAAGUCAAAAUGAUUCUGGCUGAAGCAUCUUCGUCGUAUGAAGAUAUAAAACUCGAGGAUGAAGAUGAGAUGUCAUCUGAUGCUAUUGAAACGACCAGUAUGCAUGUCGAUGAUCCUAGGGAUGUGACAUCCCUUUCGUUCGACCAGGUAUUAAAGGCUUUGUUUAUAAAGUGUAAACUAUAAAUCAUUCUAGUACUUGCUAACCAAGAAUCCAAGUCCUAUUACUGUAUUAAGAUAUGCAAUAUGAUUAAUAAAUUACAAUUAUACUUUCAGAAGUUUGUUGACAGUGAAACCCAGACAGAGGAAUGUGUAGGAUGCAAAUGUCUAUCCACAAAAAACAAAAGGCUGAGGAGCAGUUUGAAGACGGCAAUGUUUAAAUUGAAAAAAGAAAGAUUUGCACAAGAGACUGAUCAAGGUAUUUAAUAAUGCCAAACUAUAAUUGUCUUGAGUCCAACUUUAAAUUCCUAGGACCUAAAUAACCCCAUGUUAUCGAUGGAAUAUUGGUUGGAUAAAAUAGCAAAAUAACAUGCUGCUAAACUCACAUGCCCUCUACAUGUGUUUAGACGAUACCAAUGAGAACUGCCCGGAACCUUGCCAAGAACCACAUGAUGAAGUCAUGCAGUUAUCCGACAAUGAUAUGGACACAGAUGAUGAAUACAUGAUGGAAGAAGAUGACAGCAUGGAUUUGUCAGAUGACAGUGAUGAUGAUAUUGGUGAAGAUGGAGAAGAUGAAAUAUUUCAUUCAGUGAAUAGGUAUGGUAUAUUUUGUGUAGAUUUGUCUGUGAUUUAAUCAGAAUUUAUCCCUCCUAUCACACUUAUGGGAUGAGAUAUGAGAGGUUGACAAAUGCUGCAACUGAUUCUAAUGAUCCCUUAAAACCUGAAUACAUCAGCACAGAUAAUACUGUAUGAAUUGAAUAUGGUGCUUACCACCAUAAAAUAUGCAUUGUUAGCACAAUGCAAGCCUACAAUUAACUUUAGUAAUAUCAGUUAAUAUGGAAUUUUUCUUUUAUCUAGAGAAGAUAUUACAGACAAUAUCCGCCAACAGCCAAAGUUUGUUGUGUUCCUCACACAGUUACUGUUACUGUUCAAGACUUGCUUCUUUUGCCGCCAUGAAAGUGAGCCUUCACUGAAAGUGUCACAAGUUGGAACAAUGGUAACAAUAACUGCCAGCUGCCAAAACCCAAAGUGUAAGAAAGACUUUGUCUGGAAAAGUCAGCAACUAAUGCCAGGGUCAAAAAUUUAUGCAGGAAAUUUCCUGUUAUCCUUUGCUAUCUUGGUAGCUGGAUCAUCAGCAAGGAAAAUUUUGCAAGUUAUGAAGCACAUGGGACUUGCUUGCAUUUCAUUGUCUACAUAUUUUAGAAAUCAACGAGUAAGUAUCAUUAAAAACACUGAAAUGCACAAAUACAUUUCUUUGUGAACCAGGCUAAAGAAGCUGGCUCUUUGGUUUUGGCAGGAGAUGGUCGGCAUGACAGUAUGGGACAUUGUGCAAAAUAUUGUGCAUAUACAAUAUUCAGCUGCACCACAUCCAUCAUUAUUCACUUUUCCCUAGUACAGGUAAAUGAAAAGUACUGUAAAUAUAACUCAAUACUUUCCAGCCCGUUAAUUAUAGUAUUGGUUGCAUGAAUCUAUUUCUUGUAUAUAUGUGAGUAAAACUAUGUGUUGGUUAUGUAGUGAUGUUCUAUUCCCCAAUAUUGAACACACCUUAUUCGACAUAUAGCGAAAUGAAGCCGGUAGCGGCCCAGCAAUGGAAUAUUUGGCAUUCCAAAACUGUAUGGGAUUCUUGUCGGGAUGUCAACUUGUGAUGUCAACAUUCGUUUCUGACAGACAUGGUUCCAUCAGCAAACACAUGAAGACAAAGUUGGCUAAUCUGAAACAUUACUUUGAUUUGUGGCAUCUGAAAAAGAGUAAGUGGUGUACCAAGAAAAUGAAUAGAUGGUAUACAAAUAUCAUGGGCUAA